AUGCAUGCAAGAAAACCGUCCUACGCAAACGCCGUUGCCAAUGUUGUUUCAUCCACAAGUAGCUGGGGAAUGGGCGGCAAACCGCCCACACUGGAAAGCCAAGUCAAGGAGCUCUCUCAUCCUGCCCCAACAUCGUUGACGCUGACGGCUGCUUUGUAUUUGCUGGCACCUCUGAAAGAAUCUUCAGACGUUUACCUCAUGACUCGAUCUUAUAUGCAAAACUGGCUGAUAUGGGCGUACAAUCAAAAUGUUCCGAAAAUGGAGAAGCAACGAGUUCAGACUGCAAUCAGAUUAGCGGCAACACGUUUGGGACUGCAACCCCCGGCAGUCAGUUUUAAAUACAGCGAUCCCGGACCUGUCGACAAUUCAAGCCUAUCUCUGGAAGGGUUCCCUCUUCUGUUGGAUCCACACGUCACUGUGCUAGAUUUGAUGUCAGACAAUGCGAUAUCUGGCAUCAAAUCACCCAAGAAGAGUAAUAUCGGCCCUCGUGCUAGAAGUCUUCCAAUAAGUCCGGGGUAUACAAAUGGCUCUGAUGAGUUUGAGGCACAACCAACAGACGAAGAUCUAGAUCGGGAUGGGGAUCAAAUAUUAUGUUGUGCGGUUCCGGCAAAGUUUUACGAACUUUUGCGGUCGACGAUCGGUAUUAGUUGCGUAAACGGUCGGGAUAUCACAUUUCAACCUUUUGUGCAAGAAGAAGGCCCAUACCAAGGGGCGCUAAUACACCAUCAUGCUAUGGCUUCGUAUAAUGGUGAGAAAGAAACACCGGCCCCUAUGUCACGGAAUGAUCCAAGUUUUCAGAUGAACGGUAUUGGAAAGAGUCCUUGCCGUCCACUUGAAUUCAGGCGGAAAAUUAUCAUGAAAAGAAAACUAAAACGCCUGACAUCAGGGGAAAUCGAUGAAUCUUCACCAAUGACGAGACUGCUCAAAGAAGAGGAACAGCGAGCAGCUCCGGAGUUGGUUCCGACAGCCGAAGUCUGGCCGGUGAAACUACAAUAUAGCGUCAUUGAUGGCAACAAUAUGCGGAGAAAGGAGGGGUUUGUGCUGGUGUCGGAAACUACCCGUGUCUAUGAUGCGCUCUUUUGGUUGAUGAAAGUGGCGGCCCCAAAUACAUCUUCUUCUUGCAAACGGAUAUGGAGUAAACGGGAUACCACCGGGACUGCUUCCGGGGAUGGUUACGAGUUGAUUGAUCCGAACCUUCUUGAUGGAACGAUUGAGAAGGAACCGGAAAAAGAAAAGGAAUUUCAGCCUCCACGCAAGAAAGUCGGCGAAUGGUUACGAUCGCACUAUUAUGAAUACACAAAGAGAGAUUGCGAUAUAAUUAUAGAGGUGGGAAAGCCCAAUGAAAAAUGGCUGCGCACUUCGUUGGAACUACAAAACCGCAUCCAGGUCGGAGAUUUUGUGGAUGCCCAAGAUGCAGGUGGAAACUGGUACGAAUCCAUUGUCAAGGAAGUCAAUGAUGACACUAUUACCGUGCAUUUCUUUGGCUGGGCUUCAAGGUGGAAUGGAAGAAUACGGCGAAGGCAGGACAGCCCUGUUCCCGCCAACAUUGCGAAACUCCAUUGUGCUGCACCUCUGUGGUCACACUCCUCACGGUGGCGAGAGAGGAUUGCGGAAGGAGCUAUAGUUGAGGUAAGAUCAGCGUCUUCGAAAGUUGAUCGACCGAAGUGGUACAAAGGUAUUGUGAAGAGAAUUGGGCAACAGCGAGUUGUCAUGAAGAAAGUGACUGGUGGUGCACCCUUGGAAAUGAUUGUUGGUAAAGAUGGAAAAAGGAAGCCUUUGCUGCUAUUGAACAGAGUACAACAAAUAUUGGUGGAGGUUCCGCAGGAACUUGAUAAACUGGAAGACGAAGAGGAGGAGGAAGACCUUGCACGAAAGCUAAGAGAUGAUGUCUCGAUUGAUACAAUGACAACGAUGGAUACGUUUAAACCCCAGCCGCCUUUCUUGCGAUGGGUAAACUUGUACGGCGAAGAAAUCUGUGAGUUUGGAACUCACAUGAAAUCGAACGACGUACCAAAUAUUGCAACUCUGCAAUAUGAAGUUGAGUCACAUCGGAAACCUGUGGAAAUCUUGAAGUCAUUCAAUAAUAUGUAUGGGCAAGGCUUCAUGAAAGAAUCUCUUCGAGGGACUCCUCCAGCCCCAGGCUCUGUUGGAAUGCACAACCUUGGAAAUUCGUGCUUCAUCAACUCCAUAGUCCAAUGUCUGAAUCACAUGGAACCAUUGACCAAGUAUUUCUUGAAUGGAGAUUAUGCCAAAGAGUUGAAUCGAAAGAAUCCACUUGGUAGCGGUGGUCGAGUGGCAACAGCGUAUGCUUCGAUGCUUAAGGAAAUUUGGAGUAACAAAUACUCUGCCCUGGCCCCUCGAAUGCUCAAGCAAACUGUCGCAAGCUUUGCGCCACAGUUUAACAACUCCUACCAACACGACAGUCAAGAGUUCUGUCAGUUUUUGAUGGAUGGGCUACACGAGGACUGCAACCGAGUGAAAGAGAAACCAUAUGUUGAGGAGCUUGAGGGAAUUGGAUUGAAAGACACAACUGCUGCAAUUGAAGCAUGGAGAAAGCACUUGUUGCGGCAUGAUAGCAUCAUUGUAGAUCGGUGCCAAGGAAUGCAUAGAAGUCAUUUGACUUGUCCAAAGUGUGGUAAAGAGAGUGUCAAGUUCGAUGCAUUCUCGACCAUAUCACUCCCACUUACUGCAGACAAGUCCAAUAUCAAUGGAAUGACCCUUCAAGAUUGCGUGGACAAGUUCUUAGAAGGCGAGCAACUUGACGAACUCAACGCUUGGUAUUGUCCAGGUUGCAAGAAGCAUGUUUGUGCUUUGAAAAUGAUUGCAUUGUGGUCUGUUCCCGAUAUUCUCAUUCUUCAUUUGAAGCGAUUUCAAUUCGACCACUGCGCUGUUCGCAAUGACGUGAUCCGUUCCAAAAUCAAUGAUACUGUGCGCUUUCCAAUAGAGCGCCUUGACUUGCGCAAACAUGUUUUGGGUCCAACUUAUGAUGAUGCACCUCCAAUAUACAGGCUUUGUGGGGUAAGUGAGCACAUGGGGCCUACAGCCAAUAGCGGGCACUACACGGCAACUGUUCGAAACUGCAAAGAUAGUAGAUGGUAUCGUUACAAUGAUGCGCACGUUGGCGAAACAACUGCAGAUGCCGCUGUCACUGGCGGUGCUUAUUUGCUAUUUUAUGAGAGACUUAAGGGAUCGGCUCGAUGGGGAGGAAUGGAGAAGCUGAUGAACGACAGGAAUGUGGAACCUUAUGCAGGCCCGGAAGCGGACCAAGAUGGUUUCACACCAGUGAAGAGCAGAAAGAAGAGGCACUGA